AUGGGUGGAGAUGGAGAGAAGAAACGUGUUCGUGUCAAAAGAUUGGGUGAUGAAACAGGGAAAGUAGAUUUGCUGAGCAGCUUGCCAGAAUCUUUGCUCUGUGAGGUACUCUUGAAUCUCUCGACAAAGAAUGUGGUUAGAACUAGUGUCUUAUCGAGGAGAUGGAGAAAUCAGUGGAAAUUCGUACCUGGAUUAGACUUGUCAUAUCAGAAUUUCUCAGAAUUCGACGCUUUUGUGAGUUUUGUCGAUAGUUUUCUGAGUUUUAACAGCGAGUCGUACUUGCAAAGAGUUAGGUUAAGGUAUGGGAAUCCUGAGCAUGAUCCUGAUCCUGAUCCUGAUCCUGCUAUUAUCCGGCGGUGGAUCAACAUUGUGGUCAAGCGGAAAGUUAAACAUCUCCAUGUUUUAGAUCAAUCAUUGAACAACAAUGACUCUAUCGAGAUACCUCCUACCGUUUACACAUGUGAGAGCUUGGUAACCUUAAAGCUCGAAAGCGUAAUCUUGGCUAAUCCACCAGAGUUGAUUUCCUUACCUUGUCUCAAAGUGAUCGAGCUAGACUAUGUUGAGUGUGGAAACGAUUCGGUUUUCCAAGUGCUCAUCUCUGGAUGCCCAGUUCUCGAAAGCUUAGUUAUAGGGAGGAGCCUUUGUGAUGAUAUACAAGUCUUACGUGUGCUUUCUAAGUCUUUAUUGAGCUUCACUCAUAUUGCGGACAGUUCUUGUGAUAUGGAUGAAGAUCUAGUAGUUGCAAUUGAUGCUCCUAGGCUUGAGUAUCUGAUGCUCAGUGAUCAUCGAGCUAAAAGUUUCAUACUGAAUAAUCCGGUUUCCCUUGUAAAAGCGGUUAUUGAUAUUUCGUUUAACUUGGUUUUCGAAAAGAAGUUUGAUCCAAAUGAUCUGCAAAAGAGAAGUAUGAUUCGCAAGUUUCUUGUGGGGAUCUCUCAUGUCAAAGAUAUGAUCAUUGCCUCAACUACUCUUGAGGUCAUUUAUGAUUACUCAAGAUGUGAACAACUACCAUUAUACCGCAACCUAUCUUUCUUGAGUGUUCUGUUCGGCAACUACAGAUGGGAAAUGUUGCCAGUGUUUCUUGAGAGCUGUCCCAAUCUUAAAUCUCUUGUUGUGGGAUCUUAUAACGAUCAUGUAGAGGAGAGGACUGAUAUUUUGUUCGAGCCUCGGAGUUAUCUAUCAUCUCUCGAGUAUGUAAAAAUAGAAAGGCCAUUUAAAGGGGAGGCCAUGGAGAUGAAACUAUUGAGUUACUUACUUGCGUACUCGAAAAUCCUCAAGAAACUAACCUUAUGCUUGGACGGUUCCAUAAAGAAUGAAGAAUCUGUCAUCCUCAAAAAACUCCUCGCUAUUCCAAGAAUCUCUGGAUCAUGCCAAGUUGUUGUUCUCUGA